UUUAGUCUUCCUACCCUCCCAAAAACCCCUCCUACUGGCUGGCCGGCCGACGCGCCUCAGCAAGCAGCCAUUGACUCAAGAGCUAUUGGAAGCCUUUUAGCAGUUGUGAUACAAGAAUAGAGUAAUUGGAGAUGGGUAAGUGGGACCUUUCAGACAUUUUAAGUAUAAAAGAGUUGCACACCCCGUCACAAAUGCGAGACACAGCUUUCUUCUCAGACAGUAACUUCAGAAACAUUUUCUUUUUCCUUCUUAUACAGCCUUAACAUGAAGGUCGCAAUCCUUGGGGCCACCGGCCAAAACGGCAGCUCUAUCGUCAAUGGCCUGCUGUCAUCAACAGAAACCAAAUUUGAUAUCACGGCCCUUGUCCGACCUACUUCGCUAAAGAAGCCCAAUGUGCUCAACCUACAGAAGAGGGGUAUCAACAUAGUGUCAUUUAGCCUUGCUGACUCUGAGGAUGAUAUCACAGCCCAGCUCAAAGGCAUCGACAUCCUUAUUGUCUGCUGCUUACUGGACGAAGUUGUCCUUGCUAAUGCAGCCAAGAAGGCAGGGGUAAAGCGCUACGUUCCAUGCUUUUAUGCUUCAGUGAUGCCCAGGGGCGUCCAGACGUUGCGCGACAACAAGGAGGUCAUACUAGACCAUAUUCAGAGGCUGCACCUUCCUUAUACCGUCAUUGACGUCGGUUGGUGGUACCAGAUCAGCCUUCCCCGCCUGCCCUCCGGCCGCAUUGAUCGCAACCUUUUUCUCUAUAAUAGUACUAUUGGAGGCAGCGGUGACGUACCUUGUGCCAGGACCGAUUCCCGCGAUGUUGGCGUAUAUGUUGCUCGUUUCAUCGCCGACCCUAGGACCCUUAACCAGAAGGUCUUCGCCUAUACCGACCUCCGCACUCAGCACGAGCUGUAUGAUACAGUUGAGAAAAUCAGCGGCGAGAAAAUAGAAAGAAAAUAUCGCACCGCCGAUGAGAUUGAUGAUGGUAUUGCCAGAACCAAAGAUGAUCCCUACAAGAUGAUGGAUUACUACCAGUUCACCUACCAAAAGUCAUACGACAUUAUGGGAGAAAAUACACCCGAAUACGCUCGCUAUCUAGGCUACCAGGUCGGUAAGGACCUCUACCCCGACCUGGAAGGAAUCUCUUUCGAAGAUUUCUUCAAGGAAACGUUGGAAACUGGCUUGAAGCCUAUGUAUGAAGAACAUGCAGAUUUUCUGCGGGAAUCCAGCUCUUUCAUUUUCAAGGGUGAAGCCACAAUGAGUCAUGGGGAUCAAUACAGGGGCGAAGCCUGAGUAGAUGACGAAUUACAUGUCGUGGAGUAUGCAUAGGGCCAGUCUUUUUUUGGGUGUAUCUUGCUCAGUGUCGAGAGCAUCAUAUUUAUAUAGCUAAUAGAAAUGUCGAGCCUAAGCUGCUUGCCUUUCUCUACC